CCAAACGUCAUAGUACUCUUUCCCAAUUUCGUGGCAUUCUUUCGUCGACACAAGACGGCUUUUGGUCAGAUUGAGAGAGCCCGAAGAAGCAUGGCAGAGGCAAAUAAUCAGGAGCUGUUCACCUGUCCGAUUUGUUUGGACAUAUUGAACGAUCCAGUGACUAUUCCAUGUGGACACAGUUACUGCAUGGACUGCAUUAAGAACUGCUGGGAUAAGGAAGCUGGUCUGAAUGGAAUUUACAGCUGUCCCCAGUGCAGGGAGACCUUUUCUCCAAGACCCGUCGUAAAGAAAAACAAUAUCUUCGCUGAGCUUGUGGAACAAAUGAGGAAGACCAGAAUCCAGAUUUCUUCUGUUGCUCAAGAUGUUGCUGCACCUGUAAGCGUGGAGUGUGAUGUCUGCACUGGAAAAAAACGGAAAGCAGUCAAGUCCUGUCUGGAGUGUCUGGCAUCUUACUGUGAAACUCACUUUGAAACUCAUAAUGAACUUCACGCAGGAAGACACGCAGUGGUUGAUGCCACAGGCCAGCUACAGCAGAGGAUCUGCUCCCAUCACAAGAAAGUUCUAGAAAUAUUUUGUCGCACUGACCAGAGCUGUAUCUGCUAUCUGUGUACAAUGGAUGGACACAAAGGCCACGACACAGUCACAGCUGCAGUAGAGCGGAGUAUCAAACAGAAUCAGCGUAAGGAGACCCAGACCAAAUUCCAGCAGGCAAUCCAGGAGAAAGAGAAGGUACUGCAGGAGCUGAGCAAGGCUUUGGAGUCUCUCAAGAGGUCUGCACAGACAGCAGUGGAGGACAGUGACAGCAUGUUUACUGAGAUGAUCUGCACCAUUGAGAAAAGGCACUCUGAGGUGAAAGAGCUGAUCAGAGCUCAGGAGAAGGCUGAGGUGUAUCGAGUUGAAGAACAUCUGGAGAUAUUGGAGCAGGAGAUUGCUGAGCUGAAGAAGAGAGAUGCUGAGCUGGAGCAGCUUUCACACACAGAGGAUCACAUCCAUUUCCUUCUGAACUUCCAGUCAGUCAGUGGCCCACCACAGUCUCAAAACGCAUCCAGCAUUACAGUAAACCAGAACCUCUCUUUUGAGGCUGUGAAGAAAUCAGUGUCCACACUGAAGGAGCAGCUGGAAGAUCACUGCAGACAGGACAUCCUGAAGAGCUCUACAGCAGUGACUGAGCCUGCUUUGACCGCACCAGUGACCAGAGACAAUUCCUUACAAUUGACUCUGCCUUUUUUGACACCACCAGCGACCAGAAACGAUUUCCAGUUGACUCAGCCUCUUAUGGCAGAACCAGUGACCAGAGACGAUUUCUUACAAUAUUACUGUCACUUCACACUGGAUCGAAACACAGCAAAUGAAAGACUCCACCUUUCUCAUCGGAGCAGGAGGGUGCAAGGUAGAGCUGAGGCCAAGUCACUUCCCUAUCAUUCAGAGAGAUUUGAAUGCUGGUUUCAGGUGCUGUGUAGAGAGGGUGUAUCUGGACGCGCCUACUGGGAGGUGGAGUGGAGUGGGAAAGUUUAUAUAGCAGUCGCAUAUGACAACAUCAGCAGGGAAGGAUCAGAUGAUGAGAGUGGGUUUGGAUUUAAUGACCAAUCUUGGUGCCUAAAUAUCAAUCCCUCCAAAUCCUGCUCCUCUGUCUGGUACGAUAAUAAACAGACUCAAAUCCCUCUAGUGCGCAGCCCCAGAAUAGGAGUGUAUGUGGAUCACAGUGCAGGAACUCUGGCCUUCUACAGCAUCUCUGGCAGAAUGACCCUCCUGUGCAAAUUUGAGACCAUGUUCUAUGACACAGUCUACCCUGGGUUUAUGGUUUGUGAAGGAGCAUCAGUGAAGUUGCUGUGACUCACAGACAGAGCAAAUCUCUGCAGCCAUCCAUAGAAAAAUGCAUACAUCACCACACCUAAACACAUAAAACACACCACACACACAUGCAUACAUCAUCACACCUAAACACAUAAAACACACCACACACACCUGCAUACAUCACCACACCUAAACACAUAAAACACACCACACACACCUGCAUACAUCACCACACCUAAACACAUAAAACACACCACACACACCUGCAUACAUCACCACACCUAAACACAUAAAACACACCACACACACCUGGCAUACAUCACCACACCUAAACACAUAAAACACACCACACACACCUGCAUACAUCAUCACACCUAAACACAUAAAACACACCACACACACCUGGCAGCUUGGCCUCUGAAUCUCUGAUCUUGGGAUCACCAUCAGACCAAAGCCAUUUCCACAUAACUGGACCCCAGCAGAUAUUAAAGCGUCUGGACUGCUGGAACACACAUCAGCACACACACAUUAUAGGCGUAUAAUCCCAGGUGAACUCAGUGUUCCACUUCCUCUCCCUCCUGCUCAGUGUUGUAUAGUAACAAAGUAAUAAUACUUCACUACCAUACUUAAGUAUAUUUUGGGAGACUUUGUACUUCACUUUUACUUCACUAUAUUUCCAAACUUAAUUGCAUACUUUUACUCCAAUUAUUGGCGUCGAAAAUGUAUUGGACUCCAAUACAUUUUCAAUGCGCCAUAUAGUUACUCGUUACAAAAGAAAAGAAAAGAAAAAAACACCCUACCGGUGACUUCAACGAAGUCAGGAAUGAUUUGUCUAGGCAUGUUUGCACUUGCGCAUGACGGUACUCCACCUGUCAGCUUCACGUGAACAGCUCAGCAGAAGGCAGAAUAGAAAGCUUCGCAAUGGAAGAAGACGAGAUGGAAACAGCAGCUACGUUGGCUACAAAUGAAGGGGACCCUGAUGAUGAGUCAUAUUUAAACACAAUGCUCUCUUACGUUGAUGUGAAAGAUUCAUCCUAUCGAAUGAAGUGCCUCUUAUGCCUCCCAAAAAAUGUUGAAAUUCUAUCUUUACAAAAACUCCCCCUCCAAUUUAAUGAAGCACAUUGAGGAACUGUCAGUCUUCUGACUACUUGUCUUUUUCCAGGUUUAAAAUGCUGGAUAAACUUUAAAAUCUAAAAAAUUCAGACUGUCUUUGAUUAUUAUUAACAUUUACUUGUACUUUUACUUUCAUUACUUGAGUACAUUUUUAUUGAACAUUACUUGUAAUACUUAAGUGCAAGAAAUUUCAGAUACUUUCAGACUUUAACUCAAGUAACAUUUCAGUCGGUGACCAAAGUAAUUUUUUGGUAGGGUACCCAUACUUGUACUUGAGUUUGAUUUUCCAGUACUCUAUACAACACUGCUCCUGCUCCCCUUAUUAGCCCUCCAUUCAGUCCCUCUCACUGUUCAGUCCACAACACAUGUCUUAUGAAGGUCAGCUAUGGAGCCCAUGAGAUCAUCAGUGGGAGUUCAUCUUUAUGAGACUGGACUCCACCAAUAGUUCUGAGAGGGGGAAAAGGAAAUGUUCUGUUGUAAAAAAGUUUCUAGGCUAUUCAAAGUUUGGGUUUUGGGUUGGGUCUUGUAUAAUGAUGCAUGUUAGCUUUGAUUUGUAAAAUUAAAGACAUAUUACUUCUCAUCCUUUCUGUUCAAGUUAAAUAUAUUAGAAUCUAAAAGAACUUGUAUGAAAAUGGUUAAAGGUAACACUAUGUGAUAAAAACAUUAAAAUUAAAA